AUGGGAGGUCAGACAACCGAAGCUCUUGCUCCUUCUCUUUCUGUUGCAACAGUAUUUGUGCUCCUUUUCAGCAUUCAUUUGGAAUCAUGUCAUGGAGCCAGAUUUAUUUCUGCCCAAGAAGCAGCAAGCAGACACUUCAUUAGAACUUCUUGCAGCGCAACGACUUACCCUGCCCUCUGCUUCAACUCCUCAUCCUAUGAAGGCACAAUAAAGACCAACCCCAUGCAACUUGCUCACACCGCCCUUUCUGUCACAUUGGACAGUGCUUGCUCCACUUCUACACCCAUGAAAACGAUGUCGAAGAGUGGAGGCAUGAGCCAUCGAGUGGCAGCGGCCAUGGCCGAUUGCAUGGACAACAUGGAAGAUUUGCUCAAUGAGCUUAAGCAAUCAAUGGACGCAAUGGCACAUCUUCAGGGAAAAGAUUUUGGAUUUCAACUCAACAGUAUUCAAGCUUGGGCCAACAAUGAUGACACUUGCAUGGGUGGGUUUUCAGGCAAUUCCAUGAAUGGAGAGGUUAUGACUGCAGUGAGGAGCCAUGUGGUGAAUGUGGCACAGCUUACUAGCAAUGCAUUAGCACUGAUCAAUGGCCUAGCUAUUGCUCAUUCUUCUCCUUGAACCUGGUUAAUACUGUACUUCGAAUUGGUUUUGUUUAGUUGUGAUUAAUUAUAUUGCCAACAAGGCUUGAA